GAGUGUACUCAGGAUGAAAGUACAGCAGCUGCCAUCUUUACUGUUCAGAUGGAUGACUAUUUGGGUGGCAAACCAGUGCAGAAUAGAGAACUUCAAGGCUAUGAAUCUACUGAUUUUGUGGGCUAUUUCAAAGGAGGUCUUAAAUACAAGUCUGGAGGUGUGGCAUCUGGACUAAAUCAUGUUCUCACAAAUGACCUGACUGCCAAGAGGCUCCUGCAUGUGAAGGGUCGGAGAGUGGUCAGGGCCACAGAAGUGCCCCUGAGCUGGGACAGUUUCAACAAGGGUGACUGCUUCAUCAUUGACCUUGGCACUGAAAUUUACCAGUGGUGUGGUUCCUCAUGCAACAAGUAUGAGCGUCUGAAGGCCAGCCAGGUUGCCAUUGGCAUUCGGGACAAUGAAAGGAAAGGAAGAGCUCAACUAAUUGUGGUGGAAGAAGGAAGUGAACCGUUAGAGCUCAAAGAGGUUUUAGGAGCAAAGCCCGAGCUUAGAGUUGGAGACGAUGAUGACGAUUCCAUAGCAGACAUAAGUAACAGGAAGAUGGCUAAACUCUACAUGGUUUCAGAUGCCAGUGGAUCCAUGAGAGUGACCACGGUGGCAGAAGAAAACCCCUUCUCCAGGGCAAUGCUGCUUUCUGAAGAAUGCUUUAUUUUGGACCACGGUGCUGCAAAACAGAUUUUCAUAUGGAAAGGUAAAGAUGCUAAUCCCCGGGAGAGAAAGGCUGCAAUGAAGACAGCUGAAGAAUUUCUAGAGCAAAUGAAUUAUCCCGCCAAUACCCAAAUUCAAGUUCUUCCAGAAGGAGGUGAAACACCAAUGUUCAAACAGUUCUUUAAGGACUGGAGAGAGAAAGAUCAGAGUGAUGGCUUCGGGAAAGUAUAUGUCACAGAGAAAGUGGCUCAAAUAAAACAAAUUCCAUUUGAUGCCUCAAAAUUACACAAUUCUCCACAAAUGGCAGCCCAGCACAGUAUGGUGGAUGAUGGUUCAGGCAAAGUGGAGAUUUGGCGUGUAGAAAACAAUGGCAGGAUCGAAAUUGACCGGAGCUCAUAUGGUGAAUUCUAUGGUGGUGACUGUUACAUUAUUCUCUAUACUUACCCCAGAGGACAGAUUAUCUACACAUGGCAAGGAGCAAAUGCCACAAGAGAUGAGCUUACGACAUCUGCUUUCCUGACGGUUCAGUUGGAUAGGUCCCUUGGGGGACAGGCUGUACAGAUCCGAGUCUCCCAAGGCAAAGAACCUGUUCACCUGCUGAGUUUGUUCAAAGACAAACCUCUCAUUAUUUACAAGAAUGGAACAUCAAAGAAAGGAGGUCAGGCACCUGCUCCCCCUACACGCCUCUUCCAAGUCCGUAGAAACCUGGCAUCUAUCACCAGAAUUGUGGAGGUAGAUGUUGAUGCAAAUUCAUUGAAUUCCAAUGACGUUUUUGUCCUGAAAUUGCGACAAAACAAUGGCUAUAUCUGGAUAGGAAAAGGUGCGAGCCAGGAGGAGGAGAAAGGAGCUGAGUAUGUGGCAAGUGUCCUCAAAUGCAACACCACAAGGAUUCAGGAAGGCAAAGAACCAGAGGAGUUCUGGAAUUCCCUUGGAGGAAAGAAAGACUACCAGAGCUCUCCAUUGCUGGAAACACAGGCAGAAAACCACCCACCUCGGCUUUUCGGCUGCUCCAACAAAACUGGAAGAUUCAUUAUUGAAGAGGUUCCGGGAGAGUUCACCCAGAAUGAUUUAGCAGAAGAUGAUGUCAUGUUACUAGAUGCUUGGGACCAGAUUUUUAUUUGGAUUGGCAAAGAUGCCAAUGAAGUUGAGAGGACAGAAUCUCUGAAGUCUGCCAAGCUAUACCUUGAGACAGAUCCUUCUGGAAGAGACAAGAGGACACCAAUUGUCAUCAUUAAACAGGGCCAUGAGCCACCCACAUUCACAGGGUGGUUCCUGGGCUGGGAUUCUAGCAGGUUGUAAACUGAUGGCUGUAGGGAAAAACAAACAUUAUAUGGGGUGGAUGUCCCAUUGCUGUUUUGGGGAAAAAAGGGGGGGUUUUGUUGUUUUAGAAAAUUAACCUCAGCCAUAUGACUAUUUUUUAAAGCCUGAUACUGGUUUGAAAUUCUUUUUAAAGUGGAAUUUUCUUACGCUACUAUUAUUAAAUAAUCUAAAGUAAACUUUGUUAUGGACCAAUAUUAGCUAUGCUGGAAACUGAUUAUAUCUUUUUUUGUGAUUUUUUUAAAGGUGAAAAGUUAUGCACAAUCUAAGGGAGAGUGUCAGGAAUUUUUAUAAUUCAGGAACCAUUAGCCAAACAUGUUCUUUAAUAUAUAUGCUAGAGAAGAAAGCCUUGGGGUUAUACUCCUUUCUGUGUGUAGUAUUCAAAGGAAUAGUGUAUUUACAGGAAGGUUUAUGUUAAGAUGGCUUUAAAAGUUUAUUCUUGCUUUCCUUCUUUAGCCAAUGUCUUUGAUACCAUUAACUCCUAAGUGUCAUUUUCUAAGAGAACUUUACUUUUUUGCUUUUUAAAAAGACUUUGAAAGCUUUUAACAGCUCUUUCAUGACAAAAUAAUUUGUAUUAUCCACUUAUAUAUGACAGUACAUGUUUAUUAUCACAAAAGGUAUGUACAAAAAACUUCUUAAUGCUGCCUUGCAUCAUUAAAAUAUAUCUCCUUUUAAAAA